AAUUUCCUAUUUCCAAAAAACUCAACUGAAGAGCUAUAAAACCUGAAAAUUGUCUUGUCCUUUCUCCUCCUUUGCUUCCAGUUACCGUCCUAAAAGGAUCAGCUGAAGGCCAUCAAUUGCAUCGAACAUCCUAAGAAGAAAGAAUCACACCUGGCCAGCAUCCUAAUAGUGAGCAACCUUUCUGCUUUCCUCAAGAGUCAACAGAAAAAGAUGAAGACUCUGACACUGCUGGCAUGCAUUUGUGCACUGACUGCUUGCUUCUCACUCUGUGAAGGUUGGAAAAAGCAAGGGAAAAUACAUCACAAAAGGAAUAAUGUCCAACAAUAUACAGUAGACCGCCGAUUACCAACUCAUCUCAAAUUUCACCCUAACUGGAAUAUAUUAAUUCAAAAGCAUUUAAUUUUUGGUCCACACAGAUACCCAAAGCUUCCAAAUCCAAACAGAAGAAAACCAAAGCCGAACCGUCCCCAGCCACCUAAGUGUCCAACUAAAACUAACACCGUUGUCAACAAUAGCACCUCAGAGGCCAACAUUCAAAUCCCAUCUUUGAGUCCCAUAACUACUUCCAACAAAAUUGUUACAUCUCCAGGUGUGACUUCUACUAAUAAUGCUUCCACCAUAUCUCAAAAAGAAGAUACCGAUACAGGCCCUUCUGCAGCUACCCCAUCAACACAACCUUCCCCCACCCUGCCAGACACCACAGCUGCCCCACCUACAUCUUCCCUAACUACACCAGCACCACAACCUUCCUCACCUGUACUGGACCACACAACUGCCCCAAAUACCACACCUAAUCCUUCCCCAACCACUCCUGCUUCUCCAACUUCCAAAACUACAACUGCACCCACCACCCAAACUACUACUCCAGCCACUACUCUAACUACUUCUGUUGAACAAACAACCUCACCUUCCAGCCAAAAUGCAAAUUCUCAAUUCUGGCAAUAUAUUUAUGAGUUAAUAAAGUACAUUUCUGGUAUUACACCAAAGAAAUAGUACAUCAUACAUUAUGAAGUGUUCUGUUGUCAGACAUGAGUUAUGAGUUACUUUUGUCACCAAUCUCAAAGUGAAAUAGCAAUAUUCUUCAAAUUUAAAGCACUAUCACUAAUCUUUGAAUCUAUUUACCUCACAUGACUUAUUAACAAGAAAAACCACCUCUAUCUCACAAAACAAGUGCAUAACUUUAAUAGAUCACUUUGUGGAACCUAUAGAGACAGCCCUCUGAGGGGGGAAAAGACAUUAACUAAACAGACAAAAUUACAUGGAUCAGGAAACAUUGAUUUUUCCCUAAAUGAUGGAAACCAUAAGGUCACUAUUCUAUAUCCUCAACCAAGAACUCACCUGAAUUGUCUAAUCCCACAAAUAUAAAGGGAUGAUAUCAUGUCUCUCAAACAAAAACAUGUAAAUAUAGAUUAACCUAUAUUGUAGGUUAAUCAUUGUAUUACUGGUUAGAGACAAAAAUUCUUUAAACAAUCAUCCUAAAGCCUUAAAUCCAAUUCCAUUCCACAAAAUGUGAACCAAGGAAGGGAAAGUUGAUUUGAAGUGAAGAUUUGAAGUUAGUGAAAAUGAAAUCUGGCAGCCAAGCACAAACCAGGUCCCUGGCACUAUGUAUUUGAGAGCAUAUGAUUGUUUAGACGUAUGGUUGAUUUUAAUUGUAUUAUAUCUAAGUUAAUUUGCAUCCAAUGUACUUGAUUCUAGCCUCUGUGAAUCACAAAAAACUUUUUGUGUAUGUUCACAUGGUGGUAAUAAUAUUUUACUAUGAAUUCAAUUAAUUUCAUCUUACUAAUUCAAUUAAUUCAAUGUGAAAUGUAUUCAGCAGCAGAAUAUUUUCUAAAACUUUUAGCCAUACAUUUAAAUGUGUUUUAAAGCAAACCAUACUAAACUACUACCCUGGUGUUACAUUUGCAAAACUGUCUCUGAAAAUAAACCCUGAUUGUAGUCAAUAGGAGAAUAACAACUAUCUACUUGGUAUAGAGAGAUAAUGUUAAUUUGGGAUGUGAAGGUAUUUUUACUUUGUUUUACUACUACUGAGAACUCUAAUGAUUUUAUUUAGAUUUUUUGUCAAAUAAUAAAGACUUCUCAUGGCAA